AUGUCUCCAGAGAUCCUGCCCAAAUCCAGUUCUUUUGAAAUAAAAUUUCUCUUGGCACGUUUAAAAGGUCGGACAGGUUGGGUUCGUGGGGAUGUCAUCGGUUUGGCUCUGUCCCCAAAGGAGGAGAUGCUGACGGACGCAGAGAACGCGAUUCAGCAGAUGGGCGGUCAGUGGCUCGGUGGAAGGCAAAUCAGAACGAACUGGGCGACGCGGAAACCUCCGGCUCCAAAGAGUACAUAUGAAUCAAACACCAAACAACUGUCGUACGAUGACGUGGUCAAUCAAUCCAGCCCGAGCAACUGCACCGUGUACUGCGGCGGCGUGACUUCGGGACUGACAGAACAGCUCAUGCGCCAGACUUUUUCUCCGUUCGGGCAGAUAAUGGAGAUCCGAGUCUUCCCAGAUAAAGGCUACUCCUUUGUACGGUUUAAUUCUCAUGAAAGUGCCGCCCACGCCAUCGUUUCCGUCAACGGAACAACUAUAGAAGGACACCUGGUGAAAUGUUACUGGGGCAAGGAGACGCCAGACAUGAUCAGUCCUGUCCAGCAG